AUGGAAGACAAGAAGGAGAAAGGCGGACCCUGUAACAAGGCGGCACAAACGCUAAGAAGGAAGAGGGAAGAAGGAAGAAGGAAGAAGAAGGAAGAAGGAAGAAGGAAGAAGGAAGAAGAAGGAAGGAAGAAGAAGGAAGAAGAAGGAAGAAGGAAGAAGAAGGAAGAAGGAAGAAGAAGGAAGAAGGAAGAAGGAAGAAGGAAGAAGAAGGAAGAAGAAGAAGAAGGAAGAAGAAGGAAGAAGGAAGAAGAAGGAAGAAGGAAGAAGAAGGAAGAAGAGGAAGAAGAAGGAAGAAGGAAGAAGAAGGAAGAAGGAAGAAGAAGAAGAAGGAAGAAGGAAGAAGGAAGAAGGAAGAAGGAAGGAAGAAGGAAGAAGGAAGAAGAAGGAAGAAGGAAGAAGAAGGAAGAAGGAAGAAGAAGGAAGAAGGAAGAAGGAAGAAGAAGAAGAAGAAGAAGAAGAAGAAGAAGGAGGAAGAAGGAAGAAGAAGGAAGAAGAAGGAAGAAGGAAGAAGGAAGAAGAAGAAGGAAGAAGGAAGAAGAAGGAAGAAGAAGGAAGAAGAAGGAAGAAGGAAGAAGAAGGAAGAAGGAAGAAGGAAGGAAGAAGGAAGAAGGAAGAAGGAAGAAGAAGGAAGAAGGAAGAAGAAGGAAGAAGGAAGAAGAAGGAAGAAGAAGGAAGAAGAAGGAAGAAGGAAGAAGAAGGAAGAAGAAGGAAGAAGGAAGAAGGAAGGAAGAAGGAAGAAGGAAGAAGGAAGAAGAAGGAAGAAGGAAGAAGGAAGAAGAAGGAAGAAGGAAGAAGGAAGAAGAAGAAGAAGGAAGAAGGAAGAAGGAAGAAGGAAGAAGAAGGAAGAAGGAAGAAGAAGGAAGAAGGAAGAAGGAAGAAGAAGGAAGAAGAAGGAAGAAGAAGGAAGAAGGAAGAAGAAGGAAGAAGGAAGAAGAAGGAAGAAGAAGGAAGAAGGAAGAAGAAGGAAGAAGGAAGAAGGACCCGGUCUCCACAGAAUCAAGCCUGAACAUCUAA